AUGCUGGGGACCUCUCCACGUUUGGGGAGGCUCAGCCGGAGGAGGAAGCGCCCGAGCCCUGGGAGGCAGCAAAACGCCGGAGGCAGUGGAAGCGGUAGGUCACCCGCUUACGAGAGGGAUGCGGAGGCCCCGAGCUCGGAGGACGCUUGUCCGGUGUCCUUCCGCGACAGGGGCCCGUCCUGCCCGGGGGAGGGUGAUCAGUCCUUUCUUCCUGCCUCCCCUGACAGUGCUGCCUGGUUCUGCUGUGCACGUGGAACCUCUCGCCCAGCUAAGCUGGAGGCCACCAUCACAGCAGGGCCAUCAAAUAGUGAAGGAGCUGGCAAAGUCAGCCUCUUGAAGAAAGUACCAGCACUAAAGGACGGAGACUUCACCCUAGCAGAAUGCACUGCCAUUCUGCUGUAUCUGAGUCGAAAGUACAACACUCCCGACCACUGGUACCCAUCAGACAUACAAAAACGGGCCCAAGUAGAUGAAUACCUCUCAUGGCAUCACGCUAACAUCCGAGCUAAUGCUCCCAAGACCAUGUGGAUCAAGGUGCUGAUUCCCCUCUUCACAGGGCAGCCGCUGCCCUCCGAGAAGCUCCAGGAGGUUAUGGAGGGGCUGUCCACUUCACUGAAGCAAUUUGAGGAGAGGUUUCUGCAAGACAAGGCUUUUAUCAUCGGGAGUGAGAUCUCUCUGGCAGAUCUUGUGGCCAUUGUGGAGCUGAUGCAACCUGUUGGAGUUGGUUGUGACAUCUUUGAAGACAGACCUAGGCUGAUGGAAUGGCGCAGGCGGGUGGAGGAUGCUGUGGGGAAAGAGCUUUUCUUCCAAGCCCAUGAGAUGAUCCUUAAUAUCAAAGAACUGAGCAACAUUCAAAUUGAUCCACAGCUGAAAGAGCAUCUGGCACCUCUGUUGAUGAAGAUGUUGAAAUGA